AUGGCAUCCUCCUCGGAACCAUCCAUUCUUGCAACGCUUCGACCCCUUGACUUCGUGGCUGUGGGUGGUGGUGCCAUCAAACCUGUGAUCGGCGAAAAGCUGCAUAGCCAGGGUAUACCCCUGCUGAAUCAUUACGGGGCCACUGAGAUCGGAGCAGUUGCACACAUUUUUAUUCCAGACCGAAGCUACGACUGGCACUAUCUGCGUCUCAGAAGCGACUUCGGAUUGCAGGUCAAGAGCAUCGAAUCCGACAACGUCUUGCACUGCAAACUGAUCGGGUAUCCGUUCGGAUGGGGACGAGCGUUUGAGGUGCAAGACCUUCUAGAGAGGAACCCAGCUUCCAUUGAUGAUGUCGAAGUCAAGAUUUUGGGAAGGAAGGACGAUGUGAUUGUUCUUGCUACGGGUGAGAAGGUUCUCCCGCAGCUGUUGGAAGAGACAUUGAAUGUGAAGACGGGCAUCAAGACGGCUGUCGUCUUCGGCGAACACCGCGAGACUGUCGGCGUGCUCAUUGAACCACAGCAACCAAUUGCUCCUGCUGAAUACCAGGGAUUUAUCAACAAGGUAUGGAUGUGGAUCGAUGAGGUUAAUCAUCGUGUCGAUCGACAUGCCCGGGUUCCCUCCCACGAUGCUGUCGUGGUGGUCCCAGAGGGCAAGUCCAUCCCUCGAUCUGACAAGGGAUCUGUCAUGAGGAAUGAGGUUUCUCGCGUUUUUGCCGAUGAGAUUGAACGUGCAUAUUGGUCACUGAGCAAGAAUGAUAUUUAUCUCGAUCCUGCCAAUGCCCUCCCAGGUUUACGAGCCUUAAUCCAGGCUAGUUUGGGAGAUCGCAUUAAGACAUCCAUUGCCAACGAGUCGGAUUUCUUCGACCUGGGCAUGGACUCUCUAGAGGCCACUCGCCUUUCCCGACGGCUUAACUCGCUCCCAAACAGAGCCUCAUUCCCAGGGCUCACGGAAGAAGUACGUCCGGACUUCAUUUACCAGCACCCAACUCUCUCAUCUUUAGCAGGAGCCAUGACGGGUGAACCGGCCUCACAGCCAGGAUAUCAAAGAGCACUCGAGAUGCAGGAUACGCUGCGGGAAGCAUUGAAUUGCAUCCGGCGCGCUGGAAGUGAAGUCGUUCUGCUCACUGGAUCGACAGGUACACUGGGAGUACACAUGCUGGAGAUCCUCUGUCGCAACCCUCAUGUUAAGAGUAUUGUUUGUGUUAACCGCCCCCAGCCAGGUGUAGAUGCAUGGACUCGGCAAGAGGAAGCCUGUCGCUCCAAGGGGAUACAGCUACCUAACUCAGGCAAGGACAAGAUCGUCUUCUUCCAAACUGCCACCCAUGACCACCACUUGGGUCUCCCAACUGAGGUCUACACCAGCUUGACCUCCAGGGUCACGCACAUCAUCCAUAAUGCCUGGCCGAUGGAUUUCAAGCGGCAGCUCUCCUCUUUCCAGGCUCCCAUUCAGUCGCUCUGCAAUCUUAUCCAGCUCGCCAAAGAUAUUCACACUCUCCGACCGAAUGUGGUCCCGCGGCUUGUAUUCACUUCCUCCAUUGCCGUCACAGGCCGAUACCCCGAAAGACGGGUCGCUGAGCAGCGCAUGACGGAUCCAAACUGGGCCGUGGCAAUGGGGUACGCCGAAGCCAAGUGGGUUUGUGAGGGUCUAUUGGAUGAUGCCGCGCAGGCUUCUCCAGGCUCCUUUCAACCGGUGAUUGUGCGUCUCGGACAGCUCAGUGGCUCGAAUCACUCGGGGUUCUGGACAAAGACAGAACAUCUGCCUACUCUGGUCUCCACGUCGGCCAAAAUCGGAGCUCUUCCUAAUAUUCAGGGGAGCUACUCGUGGCUGCCUAUGGACAUCGCCGGCCGUGUAGUGUCAGAGAUUACUCUCUCUGACAGCCAGCAACACUUCUACCAUGUGGAAAAUCCUAUUCGGCAACCUUGGGCAGAUUUGCUGAUCUCCUUGCGCUCUGAGCUGGGCUUGUCAUUGGUCGAGUAUGAGGACUGGAUUAAGCAGGCUCGUCAGACGGGCCUGCUCACGGGUCUUGAGGACUUUUUUGCCAGUGACUUUGAGAACCUUGCCAGUGGGCCGAUUAUACUGCGGACCGAUGCUUCGAGGGCUGUUGCUCGAACACUCAGGUCCUGUGGUGGAGUUGGCGUGGAUUUGCUGGCGAAAUAUUUGCAGUCGUGGAAGGAUCAGGGCGCUUUGUAG